AUGAGCACUAAACUAUCCGACCUCGAAUCUUGUAUAAACGAUUUAAAGAAUUCACUUGGUAUAUUGUCUUGCGAUCUAUCCAAAGUAAAACAAGCUAAUGAGAGUUUUUCUUCUGAGAUCCAGUUAUUACGCAAUAGAUUAACUGAGCUAGAACACUCCCAGUCAUCAUCUUAACUAUCUGAUUUCGAUAUAGUUAAAGAAUCCCACGACAGAAUAUUAAAAGAUAAAAACCUGAUUAUAUUUAAUGUGUCCGACUCUAUUUCUGAAGAUUCUUCUGUAACGACUAAUUUGGUUAAUGAGCGUCAAAUGCUAAACGUUUGGGUAAACCAGGUAAUUGCCCACGUCUUAUUCUGUUCCAAUUAAACUCACCUUCAGAGAUACAUUCUAUCCUGUGGGUCAAAUCUAAAAUCUGUAGUAGUACUCAAUGGAAAGAUGUUAAUCAAUACGGAUAUUUUUUAGUACUUUUUAGAAACUCGGUUCUUGAUGUUAGUUGUAAAUUUAAGAUUUCAUAUGAUUGUUCACGCGAUCAAUGUUAUAAUUUUAUGAAGGCAGAUUUCCAAUUAAUAACUGAGAUCUUAUGUAAUGAAUGACUGGUUUGAUUAAUACAAUUCAAAAUGCAUUGAUUUUGUCACAAAUGAGUUAUAUCGAAUUUUAUGGGAAGUUAUUAAUAGUUAUGUACCGAAAUAUACUUUUAGUAAAUAAAUUUAUCCGCAUUGGUAUUCUACUGAUCUCCGUAAAUCUCUAAGAAAUAAAUCGGUUGCUUACAAAAAAUACAAAAUCUCCAAUAUUCAUUCCGACUAUGUAAUUUUCUCUAACUUUCGGAAACAGUGUAAGCUACUAAUUAAAAAAUAUUAUUCGGAUCACCUUAUCCAUAACCAGAAAUUACUAAUAAGCAAUCCAAAAUAUUUUUGGAAUUGUGUUAAUAAAUUUCGAAAUAAUGCUGAUAUCUCAGUUUCUAUUCAUUUAUAGGUAAAAAUUCUAAUAAGAAGUUGUUAAAUUAUUUGGCAAAUGAUUUUCAUAAAUGUAUGAGAAGUCUAUUUCAUUUGAUGAUUCUAAGUUUUAUAAUAUUCAUGAUUGUAUUAAUAUUAAUAUGUUUGAUAUUUCAGUCACUGAAGUUUUUGAUUCCCUAACGACGUUAAAUUGCUCCUCGAACGGCCCUGAUUUUAUCCCUCUAAUUUUGCUAUAUAAUUGCCGUGGGUAUUAACGAAACCAAUCCAUAAUUUAUUUAAUCUUUCUUUAAACCUUAGUAUAUUCCCUAAAGCCUGGAAAGUCAGUUUUGUCACUCCAGUCUGGAAAUCUGAUGAUAGAUCCUCGGUUACAAACUAUAGACCUAAUUCAAAAUUAAACAUCCUGAAACUUUUUGAUAAAAUCCUUAAACCAAAAUUAAUGGGAUUAUUUACUCAUGUUCUUGUUAAUGAACAGCAUGGAUUCCAUCGUGCGAAAUCUACAUUGACUAAUACAUUAGUAUUCUAUUCCUAUUUAGUAGAAAUUGUUGAAUUUGGUGGUCAGAUCGAUGCUAUCUACACGGACCUUCAUAAAGCUUUUGAUAAGGAAGGUAGACCAUGGGUUUUUUAUUUUGCUUUAUUAUUAACAAAUCUACACAGAAAAUAAAAAAACGACUUUUAUACUCACUAAAUAAAUCAAAAGAGCCAUGUAUAUUGUAUACAGCAAUUCAAUUAACCAUCAAUAUUUUCAUCGAUAUAUUGAAACCAAGUUUAACGAUUGUAAAAAUAUUGCUAUUUAUGUUGCCAACCUAUACAUUAUACGAGACUAAAGCUGACGGACAGGUAACCAGUUCCGAAGCGGUCACCUCAGGCCCCAGGAUCCUUUUAGACUGCCUUUGGCUCCUCAGUCAAGGCUAA